UGGGCCUGGAGAGUGAAAGCGAAAGCUGGGGCUGCUAGCCCGGACUCGAGAGCAGGCGACUGGGGAAGCAUGGCCAAGCCUUGUGGGGUUCGCUUGAGUGGAGAAGCCCGUAAACAGGUGGAUGUCUUCAGACAAAAUCUUUUCCAAGAGGCCGAUGACUUCCUCUGUACUUUCUUGCCACGGAAAAUCAUAUCCCUGAGUCAGCUCUUGCAAGAGGAUUCCCUCAAUGUGGCCGACCUCUCCUCCCUCCGGGCCCCUCUGGACAUCCCUAUCCCAGAUCCCCCACCCAAGGAUGAUGAGAUGGAAACAGACAAGCAGGAGAAGAAAGAAGUCCCCAAAUGUGGCUUCCUCCCUGGGAAUGAGAAGCUUCUGGCCCUGCUUGCUCUGGUUAAGCCAGAAGUCUGGACUCUCAAAGAGAAGUGCAUCCUGGUAAUCACGUGGAUCCAGCACCUGAUCCCCAAAAUCGAGGAUGGAAAUGAUUUUGGGGUGGCCAUUCAGGAGAAGGUGCUGGAGAGAGUGAAUGCUGUCAAGACCAAAGUAGAAGCUUUCCAGACAACCAUUUCCAAGUACUUCUCAGAACGUGGGGAUGCUGUAGCCAAGGCCUCCAAGGACACCCAUGUAAUGGAUUACCGGGCCUUGGUGCACGAGCGAGAUGAAGCGGCCUACGGGGCGCUCAGGGCCAUGGUGCUGGACCUGAGGGCCUUCUAUGCUGAGCUUUAUCACAUCAUCAGCAGCAACCUAGAGAAAAUUGUCAACCCAAAGGGCGAAGAAAAGCCAUCUAUGUACUGAGCUAAGGACUAGAAGGAAAAUAAAUGAUUUAUACUUUAUGUA